AUGCCAUCUUUCAAGCAACUCAUUGCCUAUGGGCUCAUCCUCUUCUCCGCAAUCACUAUUGGCUAUGAUUCGGGCUACCUCAAUGGCGUGUUGGGCGCCGAGGACUUUGUCCAGAGAUAUGGAACUAGUUCCGAUGAUGGAGGCCCCAAGUACUUGACUCCUUAUACCAAAAGUCUCUUCUCGUCUCUGCUUAUUGUCGGAACUACGCUUGGCUGCCUUAUCACGCCAAUGAUUACGAACAAGAUUGGCCGGAAGGGUGUCUUGAUUGUUGCGUCGUGUGUAUAUGCCGCUGGAGUCAUUCUCCAAACAGCUGGAUUGCCCCCUGCAGCCUUCGUCAUCGGCCGCGUUCUGCUUGGUGGCGCCAUUGGCUUCAUUUCCAACGUGGUCCCAGCAUACCUCAUGGAAUGCUCCACGCCGACAAAUCGCGGACCUCUCAUGGCUUGGUAUCUUCAAUUCCUAACCGCCGGCAAUGUGCUGGCCUGUGGUAUCAAUUUCGGCACUUCCGAGUACACGGAUUCGCGAUCGUGGAGGGUUACGAUUGCUUUCCAGCUGUUCUUCGCAAUCGUCAUCCUUUUUGGCUCUCUUCUGAUUCCCGAAUCCCCUUUCUAUCUGCUGCAGCGAGAUCGUCCCCAUGAUGCCCGCCGUUCUAUCGCGACACUUUUGAAUGCAGAUGUUGACUCGAACCAAGUCGACGAGGCCAUGAAUGAGAUAGAAGGUCACCUGGCAGAUAUCGUAUCCCAUGGCGAUGUGAAAAUUUUAGAGUGCUUCCAAGGAACGAACCGGACGCGAACCUUUCUCGGCAUGGCCAUGUCUUUCUUCACCAUCGCAACUGGCAUCACCUUCUGGUUCGGGUAUGGCACGACUUUCUUCAUGGCCUCCGGGGUUGACAAUUCAUACCUCAUCUCACUCGUCCUUGCCAUAACGAACUGCCUUUUUACUGCCCCUUCAAUCUAUCUCAUCGAGCGUUUCGGGCGGAGAUGGUCCCUCCUGGUCGGCGGCGUCAUCAUGGCAUUAACACAAAUCCUCACGGGCGUGAUGCACAGCGCAAGUCCUGAUAGCACUGCAAGCAAGAACAUGCUCGUAGCGGGUGCCAUCAUUUUCAUCGCAGCUUACGCCCCGACCUGGGGAAUUGGAGGCUGGAUUGUCAUGACUGAGCCAUUCUCGAACCGGCUUCGCAUUACCCAAACGUCUCUGGUUCUCGGUUUCUACUGGGUCAUCACAUGGUUGGUUGGCUUUGUGACGCCGUACAUGGUCGACGAGACGGCGGCCGAUCUCGGCGUCAAUGUUGCGUACAUCUGGUUUGGCAUCGGUCUCUUAUCGAUAAUAUGGGCCUUCUUUUUCGUUCCAGAGCUUGCUGGCCUUUCUCGGGCAGAGGUUGAUCUUCUGUUUGAACGGCGCGUUCCUGCGUGGCGAUCUGUGGCCUGGAAAAGAAGUCUGAGGACUCUGCAAGGAGCUGCUCCUUUUGAAAUCGAUGGACAGAACGCGUCUUUAGAGGAGGUAAAGGCCAUGGGUGCUGACGAGAAGUCAUAG